GUUUGUUUUUUUCCUCGAGCGAAGACUGGAGAAGUUCUUUUAGAGAGGCAGCCUGCUGGCUCGCGAGUCUGGAGUAACUUAGAGCCGCGAUGGACUCACUUUCUGUUUGUCUGGUGUUAUUAGUCCUGCUUUCAGGGACGGGAUUACGACAAGCCGAAGCCUUAGAGUGUUAUUGCCCACACUGCAGUAACUCUACAUGCUCUACGGACGGUGUGUGCCUCAUCACCAUCUUGAAGUCUGGGAACAAGAUCACCGUGGGGGAGAAGCUUUGCGUCGCUAACAAAGACCUGAUUCCCCAGGAGCGACCGUUCAUCUGUGCCGACUCCAUCAAAGGGGACACUAGAGUCCACCCCAAAUGCUGCUACACCCACAUGUGCAACAAGGACUACGAACUAAAUAUGACAGAUGCCCCCCCUCGAGCCUCCCCCCUGGGUCCCGUGGGACUGGCGGCAGUAAUUGCGGGACCUGUCUGUGUGCUUUGCUUCGUGCUGGUCCUGGUCUUCUACAUCUGCCACAGCCGCUCCGUCAUCCACCAGCGCGUGCCCAAUGAGGAAGACCCGUCCAUGGACCACCCCUUCCUGGCUGAUGGCACCACUCUCAAAGACCUCAUCUACGACAUGACCACGUCCGGCUCUGGCUCUGGCUUACCCCUCUUGGUGCAGAGAACCAUCGCAAGAACCAUCAUCCUGCAGGAGAGCAUCGGCAAGGGUAGGUUUGGGGAGGUGUGGCGCGGCCGCUGGCGGGGGGAGGAGGUGGCCGUUAAGAUCUUCUCCUCGCGAGAGGAGCGCUCCUGGUUCCGGGAGGCCGAGAUCUACCAGACCGUCAUGCUGCGGCACGAGAACAUCCUGGGCUUCAUCGCCGCUGACAACAAAGGUGAGAGCCCCACGCGUAGCCUGGCUGCCGUGAUGACAUCAUCCAUGCUCUGCUGCUUACGGAUGCUAGCAGCUUGCUGCCUCCCAGAGCCUCAACCAACCCCCCGUGUGCUUGAACCCCCAGAUAACGGCACGUGGACCCAGCUGUGGCUGGUCUCUGACUACCAUGAGCAUGGCUCCCUGUUUGACUACCUGAACCGGUACACAGUCACUGUGGAGGGCAUGAUCAAACUGUCCCUGUCCACCGCCAGUGGUCUGGCCCACCUGCACAUGGAGAUUGUGGGGACGCAAGGGAAACCCGCCAUCGCUCACCGUGAUCUGAAAUCCAAGAACAUCCUGGUGAAGAAGAACGGCACGUGCUGUAUCGCGGACCUGGGCCUGGCAGUGAGGCAUGACUCUGCCACAGACACCAUCGACAUCGCGCCCAACCACCGGGUGGGCACCAAGAGGUACAUGGCCCCCGAGGUCCUGGACGACUCUAUCAACAUGAAGCACUUCGAGUCGUUCAAGAGGGCCGAUAUCUACGCCAUGGGCCUGGUGUUCUGGGAGAUCGCCCGCCGCUGCUCCAUCGGAGGCAUUCACGAAGACUACCAGCUACCCUACUACGACCUGGUGCAGUCAGACCCCUCGGUGGAGGAAAUGAGGAAGGUGGUUUGUGAUCAGAAGCUGCGACCCAACAUCCCCAACAGGUGGCAGAGCUGUGAGGCCCUGCGCGUUAUGGCCAAGAUCAUGAGGGAGUGCUGGUAUGCCAGCGGAGCCGCUCGCCUCACCGCCCUGCGCAUCAAGAAGUCGCUGUCCCAGCUCAGCCAGCAGGAGGGCAUCAAGAUGUAGAGCCCCCCCCCCCCCCCCCCCAGCCUGCUGCCUUUCCCUUCCUUCAGUCCCAGCGCCGCCCCCUUCUCACUGUCACUUCACGCCCGAGAGGAUGCUAGUUCUACCUCGCCGAGGUGACAGCAGGUCGCAUCCCACAGCACCCCCUGCUGGUUCUGCAUAGGACGAUAGCUCCCUGUUGAACUCUGUGCUGAGACACUACCCCCCCUUCCCCGAUGAACAUACACAGGGCAGCCCAGUCAAACUGGGAGAUGGAGGAGCAAGAAAGGCCUGCUCUUAACAUCAGAGGGAUGUGGGGGGCAGAGAAGCUCAGAGCUGUAUUACCUACGAAUGAAACGAACCAGAUGUUGUUUUGAAUCUCUUUAUUAUCAGGUACCCUGAAUAAGCAUUUCUCCUUCCUGUCUGCCUGGGAGAGAGGGGGGGUCCAUCUUUAGUUACUCCCCCUCUUUGUUGUUAAUUUGACAGAUGACUAUUUCUUACAAUUGUGUUUUCAUACAAAAACUGGACAUGACCUCAUUCAGUCUUGGCAAACAUGCUAUGACAUAUGCAAUAUUAUACAGUAUGUGUGUGUAUGUGCAUGCAUGUAGUGUAUACAUGCCUGUCUGUCACGCAUGUACACCUCCAUGUGGACACAGACACACACGUGCACAUACAUAUGCACGCAUAUACGCCGGUAUAUUUAUAUAUAUAUAUGUAGUUACUGCAGUCUCAGUACGACCAUGCCUUCCAAACCAGGUCUUACCAGAAAGUGCCAUCGCUGUGAAUGGGUCCCGUCUGUCUGUAGCCAAUCAGCAUGAGGGGCCUGCACACACGCUCGCGUCGGUCACUGGAGACCCAGAGGGUCGGGCGGCUGGGAGCAGGGCGGGGCUACAAACCGCAGCCCCGCCCUCUAGCCCCCACCUCAGCACAGGCAGCCACCCGGGACACUUCAGGGUCCUGAUCUCUUCUGUUCACACACACUCGCGCACAAACACACACCCACACACACACACACACACACCCUAUGCUGUAGUGCCUCUGCACGCACACUGGGAAGCAUUAACUCCUCCUCACACACUCUGCUCUCUGUUCUUCCUCUCUUUCACACUCUCUGUCUCCACACACGUGUGUAUCCAUGGCGUGGCAAGUGGUAUGUUUUAUUCAAAUAUAGCAAGUGGACAUUUUACUAAGCCAUAGGUUUGUCAGCAUUUUGUGGCAAUUUUUCUAUAAGAAUGCAGAUUUAAAAAUUGCUGUUACAGACGGACUGCUGCACAGUGAAUCUGAGCAUGUCUUACGGGACCAAUAUUGGUUUGAUCUGGUUAAUCAUCAUUAGAAGCGUAUAGAUUUGGCCGCCACACUCUGUCAAAAGGAGGUAAGGAGCAGCUUUUGGCCAGAUGCAGUGGAUCCUGUUCAGUACAUCCCCAUAUUACCACACGGCUUGUAUGCUGGUAGGUGCAGCGGAAGAUUUUUUUUUCAUUGAUUUGCAAAAUAAUUUAUUUCUACAUUUUCUAUAUAACGUUGUAUUCAAAUAUAUAUAUGUGUGUAUGUA